CUGGCUUGAUUAUAAUAAGACAUGUAUAUAAGGAUUAUAAAGAUGAAAUCAUUGUUAGUGUGUGAAUAAACAGCCAUGAAGCGGUCGUUGUAUUUAGUUUUUGGGAUUGCCCUGGCUUUCGGAGAUGCCACAGAGAGAGUACGUAGAUACAGCGGAGGGGGCGGGGGCGGCGGCGGUUUUGGAUUCGGCGGAGGGUUCGGCUUUGGCGGCGGUGGAGGAGGCGGCGGUGGUGGCGGAGGUGGCCUCGGAGGAGGUUCAGGAGGCGGAUUCGAUGCCGGUGCAGGAUUAGCCGGUGGACUGGGUGCUAUACACCAAGGAGUGCAUAGUAUUCUCGAUAAAGCCCAUGGACUUGCAAAGGCUGGGCUUGGAUUUGGAGCUGGUGGAGGCGGCGGAUUGGGGGCAGGAGGAGGUGGCGGAUUGGGAGGUGGACACGGCGGCGGCGCUGGAUUGGGCGGUGGCGGCGGGUUAGGCGGUGGUGCUGGAUUCGGAGGUGGAUCUGGAUUGGGCGGCGGUUCAGGUUUAGGUGGAAAAGGAACCGAGAAAUUCAUUCAGACUUCAUCACCUGAUGGAAAAUCUGGAGGCUUCGCUUUCACUGGUACACUUGAAAAUGGCGGAUAUGGCGGCGGCGGUGGCUACAGCAGCGGCGGUUCCGGAUAUGGGGGAGGUAAAGGUUUCGGAGGUGGUAAUGGAGCGGGAUCUGGAAGCGGCUUAGGUGCCGGAGUUGGAGGUGGUUUGGGAGGUUCCGGAGGAUUUAGUGGUAGUGGAAGUGGCGGGGCUGGAUCCGACGGAGGAGUCGGAGGUGGUCUCGGCGGUGGAAAAGGAUUUGGUGGCUCCGGAAGUUACGGUGGAACUGGUGGAAGCAGUGGAUCUGCUUACGGUGGAGUUGGCGGAGGUUCAGGAGGCGGAUUAGGCGGAGGCCAUGGAGGCGGUUCUGGUGGAGGAUUAGGAGGAGGAGCUGGAAACGGCGGCGGUCUUGGAGGUGGUUUAGGUAUAUCAGCAACUUUGGGCGGAAGUAUCAGUUCUAGUGGAAGCGCUGGUGGUUAUGGAUCUAAAGGUUUUGGAGGAUCCGGCGGACAUGGUGGCGGCCUCGGUGGCGGAUCUGGCAGUGGAUUCGGUGGUGGAGCUGGCGGUGGACUUGGAGGAGGUUCAGGUUUGGGCGGUGGUAAAGGCGGCAUCUACGGUGGAUCUAAUGGAGGAUUAGACAGCGGAUCCGGUUUAGGAGGAGGAAAUGGCGGUGGCUUCGGAGCAUCCGGUGGAUUUGGAGGUGGAGCGGGAGGUGGACACGGCUCAGGACUAGGCGGUGGCAACGGCGGUGGUUUUGGUGGAUCUGGAUCUGGUGGUUCGGGAGGAGGGUUUGGAGGGUCCGGCUCUGGUCUUGGCGGAGGACACGGGGGAGGUUCUGGAUUGGGCGGUGGCCAUGGAGGCGCUGGUGGUUUUGGAGGAUCUGGUGGCUACGGAGGUGGUGCUGGAGGAUCAGGUGGCUUUGGAGGUGGCUCUGGAGGAGGUCUAGGGGGUGGCUCUGGAGGCGGUGUGGGUGGAGGAGCCGGUGGAGCUGGUGGAUUCGGAUCUAAAGGCAGUGGAAUAUCUGGUGGCUACGGCGGUGGAGCUGGUGGAUCUAGUGGUUAUGGAAGCGGUGCUGGAAGUGGACUUGGAGGUGGAGCCGGAGGUGGACUCGGAGGUGGAAUUGGAGGUGGAUUAGGAGGAUCUGGCGGUAGUGGUUAUGGAGGAUCCGGUGGUUAUGUUGGUGCCGGAAGUCAGGGUGGUGCCGGAAGUCAGGGUGGUGCCGGAAGUCAGGGUGGUGCCGGUGGGAAAAGCUGCGCCUCCGGUGGUUGUGGAGGAUGCAGCUCAUGCGGUUCAGGUAGCUCUGCCCACAGCUCCGCAUAUGCCAGUGCUUCAGCAUCAGCUAGUGCCCAUGCGGGUAGUUAUGGAAAAUAAAACUCACAUUAUUGUUUCGAGAAAAAUUAAAGAAUGUAACGAUGCGUUUUAAUUGUUAAUGAACCUAAAAACUGUGAUUAUUAUUGUACUUCUUUUAGUUAAUAAUUUAGUUAAUAUAUUAUUUCGGAUUUUUAUUUCGU